GUUCAGACUUUGAUCACCCAUGGCGCCAAGCCAGGCGCGCUGACGGUCGACAAGCGCAACGCCCUGCACAUGGCCGCCGAGUCGGGUGCUUCGGUGGCCACGGCCGUGCUGCUGAAUCCCAAAGAGUCAAACGGGACUCAGGAUCGGAAGGUCUUAGAAGCUCAGACUGAGCGGGGCGAGACGCCACUGGCACGGGCGGCAGCAAAGGGCCAUGGCGCCGUG